AUCAGAAACUCCCCAUAUCUUACGUAAUAUAUCUAGCUAUACAAACACAGAUAUCUCAACAUAUAUCAAUCAUCAUAUACUGCUACCCAUUAAAAUUUAUCCUAGUAUGAUAUUUGAUAUCGGAGAUCUUCUAAAUCUCAGACCAGAAAUGAGAGCUCCGCCAAGACUUGCCGAUGUACAUACAAAUUCGAAAAUUCUAUUGGAAACACCAAAUAAAAUUGAAACGAUACAGAGAAAAUUAGAAUGUUCAGUACAAAAGGGCGUAGGCAGCAGCAUAGAUGUUGUGGCUGGAAAUAUGACAACAAUUGGUGAGGAGAAGCAAAAGAAGCUAAAGAAGUUGUUGUUGAAUGUGCAUAUACAGAACAGUUUGGGGCCGGUACAUGUUGUGAUAUCGCACGAAAACGCUGUCGGGGACUUGAUAAAGGCUGCGAUUGAGAUUUACGUGAAGGAGAAGCGGCGGCCAUUGUUGCCUAGUCGUGAUUCUCGGUGUUACGAGCUUCAUUACUCCCAGUUUAGUUUGGAGAGCUUGAAGCCCGGGGAGAAGUUGCUGAAUUUGGAAUCUCGAAGUUUCUUUCUAUGUCCAAAACCAAAUUGUAGUAUUAAUUCAUCUUCCAAGGACAAAGCAAAGGCCACGGCGAAAUUUCCACUUCUAUUGGCAAAGUUCAUGGAUCUCUUAGUAUAAAUUGUGAUUACUCUAGUAGUUUUUUUUUGCCAAAAUGCCACCUGAUCCCCUUGUUUUAAGCAUUUUGAGCAAACCAUGGUCACAACAAAUAAUAUUCUUCACUCGACAAAAGACUCACACCAAAUUCCAUAGUUUUUGAUUCGCAAUAUUGAUCAUGAUUUUCUUACCCCUAAAGGGAUAGGUACUUUCCUUUUGAGUCGGUUGUGGGCGAAGUUCACGUGAAUUUGACAUUUAAUCGUAUUUUUCCCCUCUCUUUAUUGUAAUUGUUUCUGCUUUUAAUUUUGCAUGUGUAAUUAACAAGUUUUAUAAAGUAGCACGAAAUUGCUACGGA